AAAGUUCAUACUGUUUUGCUUACAGUGGCAGUAAUUCUGAACUGAAAUGCUUUAGUGCAACUAAAGAGUCCAGUGGCCAUGCUUCCUAUAUCUAUAGGUCUUAUACGCUCACAGGAGUUUAAAGUUUGUUAUUAAAAAAAUAAAUGUCCAAGUCACCUCAGAGUGUGAACCAAAAAUUGAUAGUUUAGAUAAUUUUGACUUUAUUGUAUUUUUUGUUUUCAAUAAUUGCUUGAUUGGGCUAUAAAUCACACACCGUGCAGUUCCCCUAUUUAGGGUGUGGAAUUGUGUGAUUGUUAAUAUAGCUUUACCAACACCACAUUCCAAUCACCGUCUUCCCUCAAGCCCAUCCAUCAGCAGUCAUUCCUCACUCACCGAAAGGCUGAGAAGAGACGGUGUCUAACUGUGAGUUAUGAAGAAACAUAGAAAGAGAUAAAUAUUCAGAGAAUUACAUUCAAAUGUAGUAAUUACUAAUUGUUUAUACUGGGAACGAGUGGGUAGGUACAGAGCAAAAUUGCUAUUCCACCUUCUGCUUCCUCGUAAUCUCCAAGUUUAUUUUCAUAGAAAAGGUGAGUAAAGUCUUCGCAAAGUAUGAGGCCCUAUUGAUCUCCCCAACUCUACUGCAACAAAGGCUGUCUUGCUGAGGACACUUUUUGAGCUUACUGUGUCACCUGCAUCUCACUCUGGUCAUUUAUCUUGAUGCGUUGUAGAAUCUUUUAUUAUUGCCUGGUAAUAUUAAGUAAAGGCUUUUCCUGAAUUCUGUGAGCUGUUCUAGUAAAUUAACCUCUCCCAAGGAGGGUAUCUUGGAGUAUGAGUCAUAACCAAUCACAAGUACAGGUGACAACUUGCUAUUCAGAUUGAUAUCUAAAGGGUAGGGGCAAUUCUGUGGGACUGACAUGUCACUCUGUGGGAUUGAUGCUCUGUCCAAGAAGAUACUAGCUUUUUUCUUUUUUUUCCUUUUGGUACUGAUGUUUGUACCUAGCAGUUUCACACUGAGUUACAUCCCUAACCUACUUUUUAUUUUUUAUUUUCAGACAGUGUCUUGCCAAGCCACCCAGUUGUCUGUGCUGGCCUUGAUCUUGCAAUUCUCUUGUUUUUGGCAGGUUUGAAUUGAAUCACUGGAUACUCAGCAGGUGUGCUCUAGAGACUUGUUUGCUCUGUGUGGGGACUCACCUCCAAUGUCCAGUCACAGGUCUGUUCCGUGAUGUGAGAGUUGAGUAAAGCAAGGCAGAAGGUCUACAGAUGUGUUCCAGAAAUGGCAGUUUUUUCAUCCCAAUAUUACAAAACCACAGCAAAGACCUCCCUGGGAUGACCCCCAGUGACCUGAAGACCUGUACUGAAGGGGCUGUGUUAAGUUUUCAUAACAUCUCCUAUCGAGUGCAAGCAAAGAGUGGCUUUCUACUCCGUCAGAAAACAGUGGAGAAGGAAAUACUAUCAGAUAUGAGUGGGAUCAUGAAACCUGGCCUCAAUGCCAUUCUGGGACCUCCACGUGCAGGCAAAUCUUUGUUGUUAAAUGUCUUAGCUGCAAGGAAAAAUCCACAUGGCUUAUCUGGAGAUAUUCUGAUAAAUGGAGAACCAUAUCCUGCCAAUUUCAAAUGUUAUUCAGGCUAUGUGGCACAAGGUGAUGUCAUGAAGGGCACACUGACGGUGAGAGAAAACUUACAAUUCUCAGCAGCUCUUCGGCUUCCAGCAGCUGUGACGAAUCAUGAAAAAAAAGAGAAGAUUAACAGGAUCAUUGAAGAAUUAGGUCUGGAUAAAGUGGCAGAUUCCAAGGUUGGAACUGAAUUUAUCCCUGGUCUGUCUGGAGCAGAAAGGAAAAAGACCAACAUUGGAAUGGAGCUGAUCACUGACCCUUCCAUCUUGUUUCUGGACGAGCCCACUAAUGGUUUUGACUCUAGUACAGCACAUGCUGUCUUUUUACUCCUGAAAAGGCUGUCUAAAGCAGGACGAACAAUCAUCUUCUCCAUUCAUCAGCCUCAGGAUUCCAUCUUCAAGAUGUUUGACAGUCUCACGUUACUGGCCUCAGGAAAACUGGUGUUCCACGGUCCUGCAAGUGAGGCUGUGCGGUGCUUUGCAUCAGCAGGUUAUAUCUGUGAACCCUGCAACAACCCUGCUGACUUCUUCCUGGAUGUGAUUAAUGGAGACUCCUCUGCUGUGGCGCUAAGCAGACAGGAGGAAGACUAUGGACCCAAUGAGACUGAAGAACUUUGUAAGAGAGAAAAAUCAGUCAUAGAAAAUUUAGCAGAAUUUUAUGCAAAGUCUUCCAUCUGCAGAAAAAUAAAAGAUAACUUAGAUCAACUCUCAGGAGCUCAGAAGAAGAGGAGCAUAGUCUUCAAGGAGACCACCUAUGUCACUUCUUUCUAUCAUCAAUUCAAAUGGAUUGUCUGGCGUUCAUUCAAAAACCUGUUGGGUGAUCCUCAGAUUUCUAUAGCUCGGGCUGCUAUCCCAUUCAUAGUGGGACUGGUGAUUAGUUGCAUUUUCCUUGGACUGAGAAAUCAUUGUACUUUAUUCCAGCAUAAAGCUUCGAUACUUUUUGUGCUGACAAUCUACCAGAGUUUCAGUUUCUUGGCAGCAGUGGAGACAUUUGUGUUGGAGAAGAAGCUCUUCAUGCAUGAAUAUAUCAGUGGAUACUAUGGACUGUCAUCUUAUUUCCUUGGAAAACUACUAUGUGAUUUACUAUGCAGGAAAUUGUUACCAAGUAUUAUAUUUAAUUGUAUACUAUACUGCAUGUUAGGAUUGAAGCGAACUGCAGGUGCUUUUCUCGUCCUGAUGCUUUCCCUUGCGAUGGUGUCUUGUUCGGCCCACUUUCUGGCACUGGCCAUCGCUGCAGGUCAGGGUGUGGUGUUUCUAACAACACGUCUUAUGGACAUCUAUUUUGUGUUUAUGAUGAUUUUUUCAGGUAUCACAGUAAAUCUUAGAACCAUGGCACCUCGGCUUGUGUGGCUUCAGUACUUCAGUAUUCUGUACUAUGGCUUCACGGCUUUGCAACACAAUGAAUUUUUGGGAGAGGACUACUGUGUGGGUCUCAAUACAACAGAAAGCAGUAGCUGUCCCAACUACGUAAUAAAAGCAGAAACUCUCCAGAUGUGUUCCAGUAAUGACAAGGUUUGUAUCCCAGUGUCCCAAAGAAACACCAGAGGCCUUCUUGGAAUGACCUUAAGUGAAUUGAAGACAUGUACUGAAAGGACCGUGUUAAGUUUUCAUAACCUCUCCUACCAAGUAAAAAUGAAGAGUGGCUUUCUCAUCGGCCGGAAAACAGUUAAGAAAGAAAUAUUAUCAAAUAUCAGUGGGAUCAUGGAACCAGGCCUCAAUGCCAUUAUGGGGCCUGCAGGAGCAGGCAAAUCUGUAUUAUUAGAUGUCUUAUCAGCAAGGAAAGAUCCGCAUGGAUUGUCUGGAGAUGUUUUGAUAAAUGGAGCGCCUCAUCCUGCUGAUUUCAAGUGUCAUUCGGGUUAUGUGGUACAAGAUCAUGUCAUGAUGAACACACUGACAGUGAGAGAAAAUUUACAGUUCUCAGCAGCUUUUCGGCUUCCAAUGACCAUGACAAAUCUUGAAAAAACGGGGAAGAUUAACAAGGUCAUUGAAGACUUACAUCUGAAUAAAGUUGCAGAUUCCAAGGUUGGUGGUCUGUCUGGAGCAGAAAGGAAAAAGACUAGUAUCGCCAUGGAGCUGAUCACUGACCCUUCCAUCUUGUUCCUGGACGAGCCCACUAAUGGUUUAGACUCUAGCACAGCACAUGCAGUGCUCUUACUCCUGAAAGGGCUGUCUAGGCAGGGACGAACAAUCAUCUUCUCCAUUCAUCAGCCUCGGCAUUCCAUCUUCAUGUUGUUUGAUAGUCUCACCUUAUUGGCUUCAGGAAAACUAAUGUUUCAUGGCCCUGCACAAGAGGCUGUGCAGUACUUUGAAUCAGCAGGUUACCACAGUGAGCCUUACAGCAACCCUGCAGAAUUCUUUUUGGAUAUCAUUAAUGGAAACUCCUCUGCUGUGGUGUUAAGUAGAGAUGAAGAAGACUGUGAAGCCAAUGGGAUUGAAGAGUCUUCUAAUUGUGACAAGCCAGUCAUACAAAAAUUAGCUGAGUGUUAUGCUGACUCCUCCUUCUACAGAAAGACAAAAGCUGAAUUAGAGCCACUCUCAGGUAGUCUGAAGAAGAGGAAUUUUGGCUUCAAGGAGAUAACCUAUGCCACCUCCUUCUUUCAUCAGCUCAGAUGGAUUGCACGGCGUUCACUCAGAAAUCUACUAGGCAAUCCCCAGGCCUCCAUAGCUCAGAUAAUUGUCAUAAUUGUAAUGGGAUUGGUUAUAGGUGCCAUCUUCCUUGUGCUAAAAAAUGACUGUAAUGAAAUCCAGAAUAGAGCCUUGGUACUCUUUAUGCUGACUGUGUACGAGUGUUUCAGCAACAAGUCAGCCGGGGAGAUCUUUGUGGUGGAGAAGAAACUCUUUAUACAUGAGUAUAUCAGUGGAUAUUACAGACUAUCAUCCUACUACCUUGGGAAACUAUUAUGUGAACUACUACCCAGGAGGUUGUUGCCAAGUAUUUUAUUUACUUGUAUUCCUUACUUCAUGCUAGGAUCAAAGCCAGAGCUGAAGGCUUUCCUUACCAUGACUUUUACGCUAAUGAUGGUGCGUUACUCAGCCAGUUCCUUGGCACUGGCCAUAGCAGUGGGUCAGAAUGGGGUGUCCAUAACAACCCUUCUCAUGAACAUCUAUUUUCUCUUUAUGAUGAUUUUUUUGGCGAUGUCACUGUACUUUGAAACCAUGGCACCGCAGCUCUUGUGGCUUCAGUACCUCAGCAUUCCUCAUUAUGGCUUCAUGGCUUUGCAGCACAAUGAGUUUCUGGGACAAAUCUAUUGUGCAGGACUCAAUGCCACAGAAAGCAGCAGCUGUCUCAACUAUAUCAUAUGCUAUGGUGAUGAAUACUUGACCACCUAUGACACUGAUCUCUCACCUUGGGGCUUGUGGAAGAAUCAUGUAGCUUUGGCUUGUAUGAUGAUCAUCUUCCUCACCAUUGCUUACCUAAAAUUAUUGUUUCUUAGGAAACAUCCUUAAAUUCCCCUUUAAUUUACUAUAAAUUACCCCCACAUUAAAAAAACACUUGAUAUAUUUUAAAUA